AAUUUUUCAUAUCGAAGUAAGUUUCAGGUUUAUGAUUUCUAGCUUUUGGUGAAUGAGCGAAAACUUCUCUUACAUCAGAGUUGACUCAAGUAAUGAGUUAGUGAUAGACGAUGAGAACGGUCAAAAUGCUGGAUCACCUGAUGUGAACCAAGUCACAGAUAUAACAGUUAAGCCCAAUUCCAACAUGUCAUCUGGAACUAUAAAGCCAGAUUUUUAUGAUCCAAAUGAUCCUAAAUACAGUUCCUACACGGUGACUGAAUAUUCGAACAAUAUGGCGACAGUUGAAAUGAAUGACGAUGGAAUGUCAUCAGAACUGAGAUUAAGAAAUGCGGGGUCUAAAAAGUAUACAGGGGUUGGCAGUGGGUUUCUGGACCGAAAUGGAUUCUCUUGGCUGAUGGAACAAACAAUAGACGAAGACGACGAGGAUUACAAUUCGUCAAUCCUAGAGGAGUUGGACAUUGACUUGCGCGACAUCUACUACAAAGUGAGGUGUGUCCUAUUCCCUCUGCCCUCGCUGGGCUUCAAGAGAUCCAUUCUCAAUGACAGUCCUGACUUCUGGGGACCUCUGAUGGUAGUGCUCAUGUUCGCUUUCAUAUCCCUCUACGGGCAAAUGAGUGCGGUAUCGUGGAUUCUGACCGUGUGGCUUUUCGGGAGCUUCUUCGUGUUUAUUUUGACUAGAGUUUUGGGUGGAGAGGUCAGUUACGGUCAGUGUUUGGGAGUGAUCGGUUAUUCGCUCAUUCCUCUUGUCAUCACAGCUUUGUCUCUCCUUGUAUUCUCUUCAUUCUACUUAAUUGCACUCUUUUUAAAGAUUCUCGGAGUGUUGUGGGCAUCAUACAGUGCUGGGACUCUGCUUAUACAGGACAAUUUGGCCAACAAGAAGCCACUGGUGCUGUAUCCAGUCUUCUUAGUCUACAUCUACUUCUACUCCAUAUACAGUGGUGUUUAAUGAACUUCAAUCAUUUAGUAGUUUAAGUAGUCUCCUUAUUUUACCCAAAAAUCUGUAGCUUUAUCCUCAAUUUUAAUGAAUUGUAUAUAUCUACUUCGAUGCACAUUAAUUUUAUGGCCCGUCAAUUUAUUCAUUGGAUUGUCAGAAUUCGUCA